AUGGUCCUCUUAACUGCAGUAAUGCUUCUUCUCAAUAAGAGCUCUAUGCACGGUCCUUGGAACAGCGUUUGCUUGCUUACGUCUGCUUUAAGGGUGGAUUUAUUUCUUUCCUACCUACAGCGUUUCUCGCCAUGCAGUCGACGCGCAAUCGGUCGCUGUCUGGCUUCGCGAGCGGUGCUUUGCUUUGAGGAAGAACCUUUUGCUCGUCUGCCACUAAGUCAGUGCGGCAACUCGCGUGUCGAUCCAGGUGAGGAGUGCGACCCAGGUUGGCGUGUCGGUGGGGCUCAAAAGGCGGAUCCAUGCUGUACUUCUCUCUGCCGUCUUAAGCCUGGAGCCAAAUGCUCUCCUCUCAACCACCAGUGCUGCACUUUGGGUAGGGCCAAAUCACUUUAA